AUGCUGAAUUGUAAUUUAAGUAGCAGUAGUAGUAAUAUAAGUAGUAUUGGUCAUAGUAGUAGUAAUAGUUGUAAUCAAAGUUUAGGUAUAUCAGUUAACUGCUUAUCGAACAAUGAUAUUUCAUUUCAGAUAGCAGUAAUAAUUUUAAAUUUUAUUACUAAUCAUGAAAUUACUACUAGUACUACUACUACUACUACUACUACUACUACUACUACUACUACUACUACUACUACUACUACUACUACUACUACUACUACUACUACUACUACUACUACUACUACUACUACUACUACUACUACUACUACUACUACUACUACUACCACUACUACUACUACUACUACUACUACUACUACUACUACUACUAGUACAACAACAACAACAACAACUACUACUACUACUGUGAUGUGUGCUGCUUAUGUCAAUAGAUAUAAAUAG